AUGGGUGCCCCGACCUUGAGCCGCUGGGGGAUCGAUGGGUGUGGGAUGGAAUUCACCCCCGGGCACAGGGAUUUCAUCGCGGCUGCUGCCGGCAUCUACGAUGGGCAGUACCUGCAGGCACUGAAGGCUGACUGGCACGCCGACUGCUUCAGGUGUUGUGAGUGCGGGGCCUCCCUGUCCCACCAGUACUACGAGAAGGAUGGGCGCCUGUACUGCAAGAAGGAUUACUGCGCACGCUUUGGGGAGCUGUGCCACGGCUGCUCCGAGCAGAUCACCAAGGGACUGGUCAUGGUGGCCGGGGAGCAGAAGUAUCACCCCGAGUGCUUCAUCUGCCUCAACUGCCGCGCCUUCAUCGGGGACGGGGACACGUACGCGCUGGUGGAGCGCUCCAAGCUCUACUGCGGCCACUGCUACUACCAGAUGGUGGUGACGCCGGUGAUCGAGCAGAUCCUGCCGGACUCGCCCGCCUCCCGCAUCCCUCACACCGUCACCCUCGUGUCCAUCCCCGCCUGCUCCGACGGCAAGCGCGGCUUCUCCGUCUCCAUCGACCAGGGCUGCGGCACCGAGCACCCGCGCACCGUGCGCGUCCGAGAGGUAGACCCGGACUGCAUCAGCCCUGACAUGAAGAACUCCAUCCAUGUUGGUGACCGCAUCCUGGAGAUCAACGGGACCCCCAUCGGCCACGUCCCCCUGGAUGAGAUCGACCUGCUGAUCCAGGAGACGAGCCGCCUGCUGCAGCUAACCAUCGAGCAUGACCCCCACGAGCCCCUGGGCCAGGAGCCAGGGAGGAGCUGCAGCACGGACAAGUCCCCAGGCUCGGGCUCCGUGGGCUCUCCCGCGUCCCAGCGCAAGGACAUCGGGCGCUCCGAGUCCCUGCGCGUCGUGUCCCGCGCCCACCGCAUCUUCCGCCCCUCGGACCUCAUCCACGGGGAGGUGCUGGGCAAGGGCUGCUUCGGCCAGGCCAUCAAGGUGACGCAUCGGGAGACGGGCGAGGUGAUGGUCAUGAAGGAGCUGAUUCGCUUCGAUGAGGAGACCCAGAGGACCUUCCUCAAAGAGGUGAAGGUGAUGCGCUGCCUGGAGCACCCCAAUGUGCUCAAGUUCAUUGGAGUGCUCUACAAGGAGAAGAGGCUUAACUUCAUCACAGAGUACAUCAAAGGGGGCACCUUAAGGAGCCUCAUCAAGAGCAUGGACAGCCACUACCCCUGGAGCCAGCGGGUCAGCUUUGCCAAGGACAUCGCUGCUGGCAUGGUGGGUGCCACCAUGGGAUGGGCCUACCUCCACUCCAUGAACAUCAUCCACCGCGACCUCAACUCUCACAACUGCCUCGUGCGGGAGAACAAGAGUGUGGUGGUGGCUGACUUCGGGCUGGCGCGGCUGAUGGUGGAUGAGAAGAACCAGCCCGAACAUCUCAAGAACCUGAAGAAACCAGACCGCAAGAAACGCUACACGGUGGUGGGGAACCCCUACUGGAUGGCCCCCGAGAUGAUCAAUGGGAGGAGCUAUGAUGAGAAGGUGGACAUCUUCUCCUUUGGCAUCGUCCUAUGCGAGGCAAGGUAA